CUUCGGUGAGUUCUUCCGCCAUGUAUGAAAACCCUCAUCACUUAGCCACGCAGCGAACAACUCUACCGAAAGAAGGAAACAUCGAGAAAGAUCGAUGUCAGGGACGGCGACAGAAGGGGGAUGGACACAGAGGAAGCUGACGAGGACGCAGAAGAAAAUUGCGAGGCGGGGAAGAACUGUACGCUAAAGUCUCGAAAUUCCACGGAGCUGACGUGAGUCUCAAGUCUCUGAGCAAAUACGUUACGGAAAGACUGCGCAGCAAAAAACUGUAUGAAGAGUUUUCGAACCUUCCCCCUGGUCUGAUCCACGACUGCAGUAUCGGCAAGAUGAGCGAGAACCGCUAUAAAAACCGAUUUAAUAGCAUCCUACCCUAUGAUUUCAACCGUGUUGUUCUUCAAAAGGUUGAUGGAGAGGAUGCUUCUGAUUACAUUAACGCCAGUGUCAUACAGGGUUACAAGCAAAGCAAAGGCUAUAUCGCAGCUCAAGCACCGAGAGACAACACAGUGGACGACUUUUGGCGGAUGGUGUGGCAAGAGCAGGUUAUCCAGAUAAUCAUGUUGACAAACCUUAGUGAGAACAAAAAGAACAAGUGCUGCCACUAUUGGCCGGAAGUGAAUGAGAGAAGACUUUACGGACACGUGGGAGUGAAAUGCAUUGAGGAAGAACAGAGAGCGUUUUACGUCAUCAGAACUUUUGACGUCAGAGUGAACAACACAACCCGCCAUGUGGAGCAAUAUCAGUACACGAGCUGGUUGGACCAUUCUGUUCCAUCUGCCAUCCACCUCGUCGACUUCUGGGCGAUGUCAAAGCACGAGCACCCCGCAACUCGUCCUCACCUCCCCUUGUACACUGCAGUGCUGGAGUGGGUCGAACAGGAACCUACAUUGCACUGGACUUGAUGAUAGAGCAUGCGCGUCACGAGAGUAAAGUCAGCUUCUUCAAGACGGUUAAGCGCUUGAGAGAUGAUAGAUGCUCGAUGGUACAAAACAAGGACCAGUACACGUUCUUGCACGAAGCAGUGCUCGAGGCUUACAGCAGAGAGAAGGCUGUACUUGAUUUGACCUCUUUUGACCUGGCCUUCCCAAGCCGCAUCGUGCCCACUAAAUCCAACAAACGGAUCGACAAAGAGUUUAAGACUGUACAACACAUGCGUGAACUCCUGGAGCCGCAUACACACCACACCGCCUCUCUGGAAGAAAACAGAUCCAAGAACCGUAACCCAUACGCUCUACCUGCUGACCAGCACCUGGUGUUUCUGGCCCCACAAGAACAAGACAGAGAUUCCUAUAUAAACGCCGUCUACAUGCCGACCAUGUUGAACGCACGUGGCUGUGUGCUGACGCAGCAUCCUCUGCCUGAAACAGUUAAAAACUUCUGGAGACUGGUGGAUACCUGUGGAGUCACCAGCAUCGUCUUUCUUGGAGAGACUCUAACAUCGUUCUGGCCAAUGAAAACUGGAGAGACAAUUAAAAUUGACCCCUACACUCUAUCCCUAUCACAUGUAGAACAACAGGGAGCAAGUCUCACCUGUUAUUAUCUGAUGUUCCAGAACAAGCACGAAGCCCGAGAAGUGCGGUUGCUUCACUAUCAAGACUGGAAGUCCAAGCUACCCGCCAACACAGUUGACCUCCUGCAACUGAUCGUCACCCUGGUAGACACCAUGAAGGGCAAGGGACAGGGCCCUCUCCUCAUUCAAUGCUUUGAUGGAGCAGCUAGAAGCGGUCUGUUGUGUGCUGUGUGUGACAUGAUAAUACGACUCAUACAUCAUCGUGUGGUGGACGUGUACUCAGCUGUGCGGAGUGUGCACUAUGUCAGACCUCAAGCCGUGACAUCCGUGGAGGAAUACCGCUUCUGCUACGAGGUGGCCCAGCAAUAUGAAUAUUCUAAUCGCGUUUAUGCUAACACAUAAACAACGAUUUCCCAACACACCAACACAUCACGACAGAAUAUGUUGUACAUGGACACCAGUCAACGACUUGAUCAACAACAGAAUUCGAACAAAGAACUAAAGGACUCUUGAGGACAAUGACGCCAACUCUUUAAAGUGUUAUCUUUACAUUGAUGUUGCUACCCUGGUGUUCGCGAAAUAUUAACUUUAAAAAAAAUCAUUACAUACUAUGUAUAACUAUUGGUGAAAAUAUGAUUACAGAUACAAAAAUUUGUUAAUUUAAAAAAAUCUCGCCUGCCUUAAUUCUUCUUAAUGCACCUCGUUUUUGCAAAAUAAAAAUAAAAUAGGUAUAUCCAAUUGAGGUUACAAAAUUAUUUCUAUACGCGGCUAUCUCUGGUCUCGUUAUUCAUGAUUGUUAUAUUUUGUUCAUCGUCUUUAUUCAACGACACGGGCUAAGGGAGGCUACUCUACUUGUACCUAUGAAGCUAAAGGUUUGUGGAGUUAAAUCCCUUUAUGAAUCUUGUUUUGGGCCAAGGGGGUGGUAACGUAAGCUUUAUGAUUUUUAGUAGGUUUAAAAUGUGGUCCGACAUUCACCAAAGGCCAGAUAAGAACAUUUAAGCCACAUACUAAAUGUGCUUUAAAGCUAACAGUGACUGCUGUAUACUCAUCGAUAUUCUGAUGACAUUAUCGCCAAAGUCUCGGGGCAAAGUGUGUUGACCACAGGAGAUGCGUAUAUAUGUACUAUUACAAGCUUUGAAAGAAAAGUGUCAUACAGUUGCUUUCUUUUAGUGGACCAUGCCAUGCAGAAUCCUCUUCUAGUAAACAGUACUGGGGAUAUGACCUUAGCUAACUCGAAUGAUUGAAGGCACGCGGUGCUUCAGCUAUCUGUUGAAGUUUUAAGUAUUUUUUAAUUGUUUGUGCCAGUUAAAUCGUAUAUGCCAGUGGUGUAGGACCCGAGUGUAAGAAGGAAAAGGACACCCCCUUCUUCUCACACAUGUUGUGUUGCUUUGUUAUUUACUGACAGAGUCUCUUACUCUCAUGUUAAUUAGGCAAUUAACUUACAUUAAUUCGUUUCGAAAUUAAGGUACGGUCUAUGGUCUUUCAGGUUUGGGGAUUAUGAUGUCAGCAGUAAGCAAACCAAACAUUAAUCCACUAACAUCAGUAGCUUACAGUAGUCAUCAGACAUUAACCAGAUGUUAGUUUGUAAAAUAGUAUAACGGGAAUUUCUGUGUGUGUGUGUGUGAGAGAGAGAGACUAAACAAUAAACUCGCCACAAAAACAAACCGAAUACAUAGACGCUGUCAGUAUGCGUGGAUAAUGGAUUGACUUUCUUUACUUUUAUUCUGAAGAAUACUUUGUAUACUAUGAAAGGCAUGUUCACCUUUUAAAAGUACAUAUCAAAGAUUAAUGGUGUGAUAAAACUUGGGUAUUCUCAUUAUUCGGUUAGCGCCAUUGUGUCAAAGUAGAUCACAGAACAUCGACACUCUUGACACCUGUAAAUAGGUUAUCAGCAAGCGGGUGUGUUUUCAAAACAUUGUUCUCGAAGGCGGAUUUGUGAACUGAAUAAAGGACCCUAGCUCUUUUGAGGUUAAUUGUAUCCAGGUACAUACAGACAUUAAGACCAAUGUGUAAAUCCAUAUAUAGGCGAGCGGACUGAUUAUAAUAUGUGAUAGUAGAGAUGACCUACCAAGACAUGUACGGACAAAGUAUAUAUGUUUCCUUCUGUGUUUCUAAACAAUGGAACUCUCUUCCGUACCACAUUCGUUAUU